UUCUUUUUUGAGUCUAAGAGAGUUACGGUUGAACGUAAGUGUGUCGAGCCAUUAAAAAGAUGAACGCGUGAACCGUACAAAUCGCGUUUCCUCUGACGCGUCAGCACAGUAGUGUCUUCUUGCUUUACUUUAUAUAAGUGCAGUAUAACACGUUACUGAACAAGACCCUGUUUCUCCGACUACAGCGAAAGAAGAGGUCACCCCAUGAUGAGCAUAGUCUGCAACUUGUCCUUAGUUAGUAUACUGAUUACCACUAUAGCUUUCUCCUGCUACAAUCCAAUUCUUGCAGCAGCAGCGCCUUCUAGUGAGUCAGAGGCAAGUGCGCUUCUCCACAGCGGGUGGUGGCCUAUCUCCGUCACCGGCGACACUCCCUUACCUCUUUGCGCCUGGCCCGGGGUAUCGUGCGACGCCUCUGGGAGGGUCAAGGAGAUUCGCUUGCCAACUGAGUACCAAAUAGGAGGUAAUUUCAGCAACAUGAACUUCUCUCUCCUUCCGAGCCUCACUUCUCUUGAACUCAUUUACAGCGGACUGGCUGGCAAAAUCCCCCUUCAGAUAUGUACUCUGUCGAGGCUAACUCACCUUGACUUGUCCUACAAUUCUCUCACCGGCGAGUUGCCUCCUUGUGUCCAAAACCUCACCAGGCUUCAAUUUCUUGAUAUCAGUUAUAAUCAAAUCAGCGGCGCAAUCCCUCCGACUGUUGGUUGCUUGCACAAUUUACGAUCCCUCAGAUUUGGCUCAAACGAAUUUGGUGGCUCUAUUCCUCUAGAACUUGGGAACCUCACAAACAUAGGUGAUGUCGAUUUAAGUUGCAACAACUUCACUGGUCCCAUUCCAUCGACUAUAGGGAAUUUGACGAGCUUGACCCAGCUCUAUUUGCAAAAAAACAAACUCAUUGGAUCUAUUCCUCCAAAAAUAGGAAAUUUGACGAGCUUGAUUUCUCUUUAUUUGCAAGAAAACAAACUCAAUGGUUCCAUUCCGUUGGAAAUAGGCAAUUUAGUGAGCUUGUUCGAGCUGAAUUUACAGAAAAAUAUAUUUGACGGUGCCAUCCCAUCGGAAAUAGGAGACAUGAAGAAUCUCGUAUAUCUAGAUUUGAGCUCAAACAACUUGGUUGGGAAAAUCCCUAUUGAACUUGAGAAUUUGAGGCAUUUAAUCCAUCUCGAUCUUCACAACAAUUCUCUUUCUGGCUCAAUUCCCAAAUUUCAAAGCACACCAUUUUUUUAUCACCUUAACUUAUCAUACAAUCAUCUCAAGGGCCCAAUUCCAGAUAAUCUCAGGGCUUAUAUUCCUGAUAACGCUUUUCUCGGUAACGAAGAUUUGAACCAGUUCGACGAAACCCAAGCCCACAGAAGAAGGUCUAGCGUAAUUCAUUACAAGAUGAUGUUCAUUCCACCGGCUGCAAUAUUCAUUUCCUGUAUAGUCGUUGGAUCUUGCUUCCUGUUUGGACGUGCAACAGAAAAGGUGCAACCAGAGGCUACAGAGAAAAAUGGAAAUUUCUUGUCAAUAUGGAAUUAUGACGGGAGGAUUGCAUAUGAAGACAUAAUUAAUGCAACUGACGACUUCGACAUCAAAUAUUGCAUCGGGACUGGCGGUUAUGGUAGCGUCUAUAGAGCGCGAUUGCCCAAUGGGAAAGUCGUGGCAUUAAAGAAACUUCACCGUCUUGAAGCAGAGGACCCGUCCUUUGACAAGAGCUUUCGAAAUGAAGUGAAACAUUUGACAGAAGUAAGGCAUAGAAGCAUCAUCAAGCUCCAUGGUUUCUGUUUACACAGGCGAUGCAUGUUCUUGGUUUUUGAAUACAUGGAAAGGGGGAGUCUGUUCUGUGCUUUGAGAGAUGAUGUUGAAGCGGUGGAAUUGGAUUGGUCCAAAAGACUUGAUCUCGUCCGUGAUACGGCACAUGCUUUGUCUUACAUGCAUCACGAUUGCGCUCAGCCAAUUGUUCAUCGAGACAUAUCUAGCAACAACAUCUUACUGAACAGCAAAAUGCAGGCUUUUGUAUCAGAUUUUGGCAUCGCAAGGCUUUUGGAUCCUGAUUCCUCUUCUAACUUCACCGCAAAUAUCGCUGGCACCUAUGGAUAUAUUGCACCAGAACUCGCGUAUACUUUGGUUGUUAAUGAGAAAUGCGACGUAUAUAGCUUUGGAGUAGUAGCGAUGGAAACAAUGAUGGGUGAGCAUCCUGGAGAUAUUGUAUCUACAUUUUGGACAUCCUUUGGAGAAGAUAUCAUGCUACAUAAAAUCUUAGACCCGCGGUUGCCUUAUCCAAGGAAGAACUCCGUCGCAAGAAGUAUUGUUCUGAUAGUUUCUCUGGCGCUUGCUUGCUUGAGUGCUAAUCCAAAGUCUCGACCAACUAUGAAGCGAGUCUCGGAAGCUUUUCUAGCUCGAAAGUUACUAUUGGCGAAGCCCUUCCAUGAGAUCUCAUUGGCUCAGAUCCGAGAUAACAACAGAUUAUGGUUGGAAGGUGGAUCAACAGAAGCUUCGUCAGGACUAAGCGAUGAGCAAGGGUUAUUAAGUGCUUGUCCAGUAAAGAGUUAGAUUGAUAAAAUGAUGCUACAGUUUGGUGUAAGUUAUAUAGAAGUUGUAUGGCUUCUGCACAUAAUUAAGUCAUGUAAAACUUUUUUCCGUACUAUGCUAGAGGAGUGAGAAGCAGUUUAUAUAGGACAUCCGUUCAUUUUUCUUCUUUUCAAUAAGAUUGAAAUGCAUGAUUAAUAAACAAUGCAUCAAGAAAUAAAGAGACCCGCACCAGUCCCAACAUAAUACACGAGAACCCGUACACAAUUUCUAC